ACCAAGAACAAACCUCGCGCUCACGACUCUCACCAGUGGAGCUCCAGGACAGGAGAUGGCGACCUGCGGUGCGGUCACACAGCCGCAAGUGGCUGGUCCACCCAACUUCAGUAAUGUAGAGUAUCUUGGUAAGUGGUCGACAAAAAAUAAGACCAUCGAUAUUGGCAGAUAAAUAUAUGUAAAAUCGCUCGUAUUGUGUCAUAUUUUAUAACGAUACUCAUUGAUAGAGUUGUUGAUGGGGAGGUAUCGAAAACCCGAUUCUAACGUCUCAUUAGGCCGAUGGUGACAAUGCUUGUGCCCAUGCAUGAGAUGUUGUUGGAACCAGUCACACUGGCCUUUCAACUCUGUGUUAGUCUGAUGUAUAAACUCUUCAUUGAAUCCCAGAGUACUGCUCACUUAAAAGCCAGGGGCUGGUGGGAAUUAAAUAAAUAGUGGAAAUAAGCUUUGUUUAGUCUUGAAAAACGGACAGAGCAAUUAAGCAUAAGUGGCGGCUAAAUGCUUUCUUCGGCAGACAGUACAAAACAAGAAAAACGAAUUAUUUGAAAUUAAAAACAUAAGUUCUCCUAGAUCACAAUAUGGCUGUCUCAGAUCACAAUCUGGCUCUUUCAGUCUCUGUGCAGAAAAAAAGGCGCAAUAUCACUAGUAUGCAUCAAUUUAUGUCAGUCAACAUAAGCAAGUUAACAUAUGCCAAUACGCAUGUGCCAGUCAACAUAUGCCAGUAAACAUAUACCAGUAAAUAUAAACCAGUCAAAAUUUGCCAGUUUACAUAUGCCAGUCAACAUCUGAAAAUCAAUAGCUUCCACCAAAUACAGGGAUUUCGGAACAUGCUAAAAUAGUAGGUUUGUAAUGAGAAUUAAGGCCGUAUUCCAAAGAAUCUACUGCACGGAGAGUUGGCAGUGGGGGACAAGACUUAUUAUUGGGCGGCUGCGAUGUACAAUGAGCAUGAGAGAGGCCAACAUAGAAAUCAACGAAUAGGAAAUCAUCGCUGAGGACCAUUCCAACUGGCGAACAGCAGUGUUUGAAGGAGUCAAACAGGCAGAAGAUGCGCGAAUAAAAAAAAAAAACGUUCAACAGAAAGAGAAAUUCGGGCGAGACAACCAUUCCAGGAUCGGCCUCGUUAGCCAUUUGAUGAAGUGUCAAUAGUUACUCCAUCGUCUCGCGGAGACGGAUAAUCUAUAUAUAUAAUACGCCAGAAAAACUAGGGCAAGAAGACAAUGACGCAGGCUAUAUAUAGAUACGCCAGAGCAAGCAAGACGCAGGCAAACACUCCCUUCCCUUGCCUGCCCAUCGUUGGUCUCGAGACAUGUGCACUGCGGUGGAGCUACCGCCCCCCCUCAUGCGCCACCCUCGCUUGCCAGCCAUGCGCACACCCACACAAGCUGAGCCAGAGUUCCAUAUUUUCCCGCAAUCACAGUUGUAUCCUCAAACCCACCCCAUUUGGACAACUGUGUCUUUCACGAAGUCUUCAAUCAUCUAUGAGCAAUUCUGCGACGCAUGCUACGCCGCUGUUCGGCUAGUAUAAUAUACUGUCUGCCGAAGGAGGCAUCUCGCCCAAACGUAGGCUUAGUUGUUUUGUCUGUUUUAUUCAAACCUAAACUAUCUUGUCCCAAUAUUUAUAGAUUAUUCCUGGGGCCAAAUGUUCAUUUUAUGUGUCUUUCACAUCCCGAAUAAUCACGUGACGGUAGUUGGAUAUUCGAAUUAUUAAUUAAUAAUUACAGCUCAUAAUUUCAAAAUUCGAUUCCUAAUUGAUUACUGCCAAGUAAAAUUGUUAGUUGCAGGAAGUCCCCUUUGUAUAACGCCUUUGUAUGAAAACUAAAUUGUAACUUUUCUCUUGUGCUCCUCUGAUGACUAAAUUGUAACUUUUCUCUUGUGCUCCUCUGAUGACUAAAUUGUAACUUUUCUCUUGUGCUCCUCUGAUGACUAAAUUGUAACUUUUCUCCUGUCCUCGCCUAAUGACUAAAUUUUAACUUCUUACCUGUGCUCGCCUAAUGACUAAAUUUUAACUUCUUACCUGUGCUCGCCUAAUGACUAAAUUUUAACUUCUCACCUGUGCUCGCCUGAUGACUAAAUUGUAACUUCUCACCUGUGCUCGCCUAAUGACUAAAUUGUAACUUCUCACCUGUGCUCGUCUGAUGACUAAAUUGUAACUUCUCACCUAUGCUCGCCUAAUGACUAAAUUGUAACUUCUCACCUGUGCUCGCCUGAUGACUAAAUUGUAACUUUUCUCUUGUGCUCGCCUGAUAACUAAAUUGUAACUACUUACCUGUGCUCGCUUGAUUACUAAAUUGUAACUUCUCACCUGUGCUCGCCUAAUGACUAAAUUGUAACUUCUCACCUGUGCUCGCCUGAUGACUAAAUUGUAACUUUUCUCUUGUGCUCCCCUGAUAACUAAAUUGUAACUACUUACCUGUGCUCGCUUGAUUACUAAAUUGUAACUACUUACCUGUGCUUGCCUAAUGACUAAAUUGUAACUUCUCACCUGUGCUCGCCUAAUGACUAAAUUGUAACUUUUCUCUUGUGCUCCCCUGAUAACUAAAUUGUAACUACUUACCUGUGCUCGCUUGAUUACUAAAUUGUAACUUCUUACCUGUGCUCGCCUAAUGACUAAAUUGUAACUUCUUACCUGUGCUCGCCUAAUGACUAAAUUUUAACUUUUCUCUUGUGCUCCCCUGAUAACUAAAUUGUAACUUCUUACCUGUGCUCCCCUGAUAACUAAAUUGUAACUACUUACCUGUGCUCGCUUGAUUACUAAAUUGUAACUACUUACCUGUGCUUGCCUAAUGACUAAAUUGUAAUUUCUCACCUGUGCUCGCCUAAUGACUAAAUUGUAACUUUUCUCUUGUGCUCCCCUGAUAACUAAAUUGUAACUACUUACCUGUGCUCGCUUGAUUACUAAAUUGUAACUUCUUACCUGUGCUCGCCUAAUGACUAAAUUGUAACUUCUCACCUGUGCUCGCCUGAUGACUAAAUUGUAACUUCUCACCUGUGCUCGCCUGAUGACUAAAUUGUAACUUCUCACCUGUGCUCGCCUGAUGACUAAAUUGUAACUUUUCUCUUGUGCUCCCCUGAUUACUAAAUUGUAACUACUUACCUGUGCUCGCUUGAUUACUAAAUUGUAACUACUUACCUGUGCUCCCCUGAUUACUAAAUUGUAACUUCUCACCUGUGCUCGCCUGAUGACUAAAUUGUAACUUCUCACCUGUGCUCGCCUGAUGACUAAAUUGUAACUUUUCUCUUGUGCUCCCCUGAUUACUAAAUUGUAACUACUUACCUGUGCUCGCUUGAUUACUAAAUUGUAACUACUUACCUGUGCUCCCCUGAUUACUAAAUUGUAACUUCUCACCUGUGCUCGCCUGAUGACUAAAUUGUAACUUCUCACCUGUGCUCGCCUGAUGACUAAAUUGUAACUUUUCUCUUGUGCUCCCCUGAUUACUAAAUUGUAACUACUUACCUGUGCUCGCUUGAUUACUAAAUUGUAACUACUUACCUGUGCUCGCUUGAUUACUAAAUUGUAACUACUUACCUGUGCUCCCCUGAUUACUAAAUUGUAACUACUUACCUGUGCUCGCUUGAUUACUAAAUUGUAACUACUUACCUGUGCUCCCCUGAUUACUAAAUUGUAACUUCUCACCUGUGCUCGCCUGAUGACUUAAUUGUAACUUCUCACCUGUGUUGGUGUGAUGACUGUAAUUAAAGACCUUUAUAUCUCUAAAUACCCCACCAUUCCAGGUGCAACGUCGACGUCCACGUACAUGACGGGGCCCAGGCAGGCGGUACAGUUCACCCAGUUGCCAACCAUUGGGACCAUGCAGAACCAGUACAAGACCUACGACACCUACCCCGCCCCGUCACCCAUGCGACGGUCCCUCACAACGUUACCAUGGCGACCAAGCACCUACUACCAAUCAGCGAAGGUAUGUGGACCAAAAAGCUGAUGGUGGAGACUUUAACAAUUGCAGAUGAUUAAAUUAAUGUUCUCUGUAAUUUUCACCAAAAAUAAACUGAUCAUAUAAUAUAACGUAAUGGCCACAUAUUUUUAACCACUGCUGUGAUAAUAUUACAUACAAGAGCUUAACCAGGUGAAGCUGUGUGUGGUGGUGGGGGGGGGGUUCUACACCGGGUCCGGGUAUUUUGAGUCCAGUGUUACAAAAAAAAAAAAGAGUUAACUUCUCAUUUCCAUAAUUUAUGCUGGCCUUAAAACAAUAGACCUAAAGAAAGCCCUACCGACAGUACUACACCAUACCCGUGGCCCUUUAUUGAUAAAUUUAAUUGGGGGGGGGGUUCUACACCGGGUCCGGGUAUUUUGAGUCCAGUGUUACAAAAAAAAAAAAGAGUUAACUUCUCAUUUCCAUAAUUUAUGCUGGCCUUCAAACAAUAGACCUAAAGACAGCCCUACCGACAGUACUACACCAUACCCGUGGCUCUUUAUUGAUAAAUUUAAUAGUCACCUGCCCCCUAAAGAAAUGUUUUGCCUGAAUCCACACGUCACGCAUGAUAGCAUAUGUUUUCCCACUGAGUACUAUUAAUAUAAAAUAUUUGGAGCUGGGGAGGGGCCGGUUUCGAGGAGAAAGCAGACACACCAAAAGCAAUAUAUAUAUAUAAGACAUAGACAUGUAGUGUGGCGACCUUCCUCCUCUCGAGCUUUAAGUAACCCACGCUCUGUACCUUCCAGGUCAACCCCUGCACCGCUGUCACAAGAAGCAUGCCAGACCCCAUGUCGGCCAGGACCCAGCUGUCGGAGCUGGACAGUUUGAAAGUGCCGCCUGUGUUCGCGGCGGCCCGAAACGCUCUCUACACCCGCUUCACGACAAACGAUUGGAUGGCCUCCAACCAGGGCAACUACCUGGCGUCGGACCGCGUGAGGGGAGGGUCAGAGCGGUUGAGAAUGGACACGAUGCGGCUCUGCAAGGAGUACGAUGACAAAACGAAGCGUACGCAGGCUGACGUCGGCAAAAGACUCGGGGAGAGAAUCGGUGGGUGACUCCGUUGACCCCAAAAAAAUAUCUCGACAUGCUUAUCAUUAACUUUAAGUUGUAAUUUAUAAACAAAGUCACUCACAUGUUUCAAGGGUUCGGUUAACUCAAGGGUUCGGUUAACUCAAGGGUUCGGUUAACUCAAGGGUUCGGUUAACUCAAGUGUUCGGUUAACUCAAGGGUUCGGUUAACUCAAGGGUUCGGUUAACUCAAGGGUUCGGUUAACUCAAGGGUUCGGUUAACUCAAGGGUUCGGUUAACUCAAGGGUUCGGUUAACUCAAGGGUUCGGUUAACUCAAGGGUUCGCUUAACUCAAGGGUUCGGUUAACUCAAGGGUUCUAAGACUUUUGAAAUUAAAAGAUACUUUAUUAAACUGUUAAAAGUGUGCGUGCGCCCCAUUGUGCAUGUUUGGCUUUUCAAAACGGCUAAAUCAUAUUUUUUUUAAAAUGUUUGUGUAUUUGAACCAUGUCUAUCUAUCACGUGGAGAAGCGCAAUGUACCACUGGUCCCAACUUAACCACAGUUUGAGAUUAGCUGAUCUCUCUUUAUUUUUUACUUAUUUUUUUAAUUUUUAUUUAUUUUUUAAUGGCAAGAGGGAUAACGAUCGAAAUUUUAGCAAAGCAUAAUUUUAAAGAGUUACAGUGGCUGAAAUACCAACAUGUUUUGCAAGCAUCCUGUACGUUCCUCGUCGCGACAAAACAAAACAUUUUCAAACAUUCUUCCGUUUUGUCCAUUCUGUUUUUUACAUUUGUCAAUUGUAGAGUGAUGCAAAAUACAUGGGUUGUUUUUUUUCCUUUUAGUAUCAACCACCUCGUUCCUUCCAACGGAGAAUAGUAUAGUCGCCAGAUUACACAACUGUAUUGAAUGAUGUAGUUUUUGAAAUACGUGUAUUACCUUCUUUUAAAUGAUUUGAAAUAAAGGUGUAAAGAUGUAAAGGCGUAGAGAUGUAAAGAUGUAAAUUAAAUGUGCAUAGAUGGAAAGGUGUAAAGAUGUAAAGGUGUUAAGAUGUAAAUGUGUUAAGAUGUAAAGAUGUAAAGGUGUAAAUAUGUUGUGAUGUGGAAAUGUAAAGAUGUAAAGGUGCAAAAGGUGUUUAAGUUUAAAGGUGUAAAGUUUUAAAGGUGUAAAGAUGUAAAAGAUGUUAAGGUGUAAAUAUGUUAUGAUGUAAAAAUGUAAAGAUGUAGCGAUACACAACUUGUUUACGUGGACGGCUUGUGUCUGUUCCUAACAGGGGACAUAAACUUCUGGAAAACGGAACUGAACCACGAGUUGGAUCUGAUGAUCACCGAGACCAAUGCUCUUAAUGAAGCCAAGAGAAUCCUGGAGAAGAACCUUGCUGAGACGGAGAACCCGUUACACAUAGCACAAGAGUGUCUGUACAACAGGUUUGUUGGUGCUACCUACUGGCAGCGUGACUUACGCUACGACACAGUAAUGGGUAGAGACGCGGCAUUGGGUAGAGACACAGUCUUGUUUAGAGACACAGACUUGGGUAGAGACAGUCUUGGGUAGAGACACAGCCUUGGGUAGUUACACAGCCUUGGGUAGAGAUACUACCUUGGGUAGAGACACAGUUUUGGGUAGAGACACAGCCUUGGGUAGAGCUACUACCUUGGGUAGAGACAGUCUUGGUUAGAGACACAGCCUUGGGUAGAGACACAGUCUUGGGUAGACACACAGUCUGUUGUAGUUACAAAGCCUUGGGUAGAGCUACUACCUUGGGUAGAGACACAGUCUUGGGUUAUUUACACAGCCUUGGGUAGAGAUACUACCUUGGGUAGAGACACAGUCUUGGGUAGUUACACUGCCUUGGGUAGAUAGUAGAUAUACUACCUUGUGUAGAGACACAGUCUUGGGUAGAGACACAGCCUUGGGUAGAGACACAGUCUUGUGUAGUUACACAGCCUUGGGUAGAGAUACUACCUUGGUUAGAGACACAGUAUUGGGUUAUUUACACAGCCUUGGGUAGAGACACAGUCUUCGGUCUUUGGUAGAUAUACUACCUUGGGUAGAGACACAGUCUUGGGUUAUUUACACGGCCUUGGGUAGAGAUACAGUGUUCGGUCUUUGGUAGAGCUACUACCUUAGCUAGAGACACAGCAUUGUGUAGAGACAAAGACUUGAGUAAAGAAGAUGUUUGAAUUCCCGCCCACACAAACAAACACUCACAAACACACGCAAACACACACACACACACACACACAUGACCGACAGAAGAAAGUGCAUAAUCAGACUCAGCCACAACAUGUACAAUAUCCCCAAAUAUCUACAAGACCUUCUCAACUGUCACAUCCAUGAUCGUGUGUUAUUUCUAUGCUGCUGUUGCAUGGUUUGGAUGUGUGUGGUGUUGUAGUUGUUAAAAGUGCAUUUCUCUCCUGUCGAUGAAACGUCAUUCUGCCAUGUAGUUAAGCCUUCAGCCAUUAACGUUGACACGUAGUCUACUGUUACCGACAGGGAGAAACGUCAGUCCAUUGACCUUGUUCAUGACAACCCGGAAAAAGAACUUAUACGAGAGGUGGACCUCAUCAAACGCUGCCAGGAGAGAAUGCGGAACACGAUAGACAGGUGAUCGGUUGAUGUUAAUUAGUGAUUAUCGAUUGAUAUUGAUCCGUAUGAGAUUUGGAGUUAAUGGUUAGUAUUAUGCAAAAAGCGUCAAUGGGGGAGGGGCCAGGGUCACCAUUUAGAUUGGGUGUUUGCCUCCCCCCCCCCUUCCCUGAAUUUGCAGGUUUUAUUUAAAUUGCUAAUAUUGCUUCGUACUGUGGCGCCUCCAGUAAUAAACAACAAAUCGCCCAAGUUUUGCUUUUGCCUCCUCCCCCCUGAAAUUGGAGUUAAUGGUUAGUAUUAUGCAAAAAGGGUCAAUGGGGGAGGGGCCAGGGUCACCAUUUAGGUUGGGUGUUUGCCUCCCCCCCCCCUUCCCUGAAUUUGCAGGUUUUAUUUAAAUUGCUAAUAUUGCUACGUACUGUGGCGCCUCCAGUAAUAAACAACAAAUCGACCAAGUUUUGCUUUUGCCUCCCCCCCCCCUGAAAAAACCUGAAAUAGCAACGGGGGGGGGUUGAAGGUGCAUAUCCCACCAGAUGUUAACCUCACAGGGGAAGACGAAUAAUGUAAAAUUGCAAUUUUGACAGAGCUUGCUAAUAACGGUUUCAUACAGAUGUAAGUUAAAUACAACAAUAGGGUGUAACCAGAGCAGGGUGUCCCCAGACCAGAGUGUCUCCAGACCAGGGUGUCUCCAGAACAGGGAGUCUUCAGACCAGGGAGUCUUCAAACCAGGGUGUUUUCAGACCAGGGUUUCUGCAGACCAGGGUGUCUCCAGACCAGGGUGUCUCCAGACCAAGGUGUCUUCAGACCAUGGUGUCUUCAGACCAUGGUGUCUUCAGACCAUGGUGUCUUCAGACCAUGGUUUCUCCAGACCAGGGUGUCUCCAGACCAGGGUGUCUCCAGACCAGGGUGUCUUCAGACCAGGGUGCCACUAGACCAGUGUGCCACUAGACGAGGUUGCCACUAGACCAGGGCGCCACUAGACCAGGAUGCCACUAGACCCGGGUGCCCGCCACUAGACCAGGGUGCCACUAGACCAGGGUGCCGCUAGACCUGAGUGCCCGCCUAGGGUACCACUAGACGAGGGUGCCACUAGACGAAGGUGCCAUUAGACGAAGGUGUCUCCAGACCAGGGUGUCUCCAGACCAGGGUGUCUCCAGACCAGGGUGCCACUAGACCCGGGUGCCACUAGACCAGGGUGCCACUAGACCAGGGUGUCUCCAGAUCAGAGUGUCUCCAGACCAGGGUGACACUAGACCAGGGUGCCACUAGACCAGGGUGUCUCCAGACCGGGGUGUCUCCAGACCAGGGUGACACUAGACCAGGGUGCCACUAGACCAGGGUGCCACUAGACCAUCAUUUUGCAACCAGUGAAUGUUGUCACCAAAGCACUGAGGCGGGCACUGUGGUAGUCCUCGGGGGUAACACCUUGAGAUUCUUCCAAUGGGUGACACAGGGAGAUUACCUCAAUGGGUGACACCUUGAGAUUACCCCAAUGGGUAAAACAUUUAGAUUACCCCAAUGGGGGACACCUUGAGAUUACCCCAAGGGGGGACACCGUGAGAUUACCCCAAUGGGUGACACCGUGAGAUUACUCCAGUGGGUAACACCGUGCGAUUACCCCAAUGGGUAACACCUUGAGAUUACCCCAAUGGGUAACACCGUGAGAUUACACCAAUGGGUGACAUUGUGAGAUUACCGAAAUGGGUAACGCCAACACUGGGAGCGCCAUCGUGCUAUCAAAUUUGUUGCUAUAGUGUUGUAUGCACGUUUACCGGUUAAGAAAAUCGAUGAAAUGCUUAUGACUUGGAGCACCCAGUCUUGUUCAAUAUGUUGUCAAUAUUUGGGACGUGUGAUGGAAUGAUAAUGUAAUUCUUCUCUAGGGCGAAUGUCCAGCUGGGUCUGAACAGAGCUGCACAGCACGAGCUAGAGCGAGAUACUGGUGAUAAAUUCAUAGCCGAGAACCUGGACACCACAACGCACAUGUUGAGAAACACCAGCAGAGGGAUUGCUUACCACGACGGUGUCCACAGGAUAGACAACACGAUCAGCGUCCCUGAAACGUGGGCCAAGUAAGUAGCUGGAGUGAGACGUGGUCCAAGUAAGUAGCUGUAGUGAGACGUGGGACAAGUAAGUAGCUGUAGUGAGACGUGGGCCAAGUAAGUAGGUGCAGUCAGACAUGGGCCAAGUUAGAAACUGCAGUGAGACAUAGGCCUAGUAAGAAACUGCAGUGAGACAUGGGCCAAGUAAGAAACUGCAGUGAGACAGAUAGUUUAAGUACUGAGACAUGGGCCAAGCAAGUAGCUGUACUGAGACAUGGGCCAAGUAGGUAGCUGCAGUGAGACAGAUGGUUAAAUGAAUGAAACAGGGUCAAAUUAUAAGUUGCUACCGUGAGAUAUUAAGAGAUGACUGGUAUUCCAAGAUGAAUCACGUAUAAAAGUGAAGAAUGCACUAGACGUAAACAUAAUUAAACUUUUGUUUCACUUUCUUCAGAUACACAAAUGAUAACAUACAGAGAUCACAGUCGGAGAGGUUAGCUUCUAAAAAUAUGAGAAAUGAAAUUGAGUGUGUUAUCAACACAUGUAACAACGAGAUGUGGAUGGUAAGAUUGUCCGUAUGAGUUGUGCCUAAAAGGAGGAAAUGACAAGAUAAAAAGUGCAUGCCAGUGGGUAGCCCGAAUCGGUAGGAAAAGCUCCCCAUAUCUGGAUGAAGUCGGGGGGGGGAGGGGGGCGUGUGAUCCUGAUGAAGGGAGUUACUUGAUUACGUGACAGAUACCGCUUGCUUGCACUUAAAAAUGUAGGAACUUGUAAAAAUAUUAACUUUAAGUAUCUUUUGUCUACUAGAUCCGUCAAUAACUGGGUGGAAAAUUUAACAAAAUGUUUAUUAUUUGACCAUUAGAUAAUGAUUGAUUUAAAACACGAUUUACGUCACUGUAAAUAAUUUUUAACUUUAUCUGGUUACGAGACGAAGACACGGUUCACUAAGACUAUGUGGGCAAUACAUUUAUGUCCAGAUUAAGUCUUAUGUGAUUUACAAUGAUUAAUAAAAAAAUAAGACCGUGGCGUCUUAAGAAUUACAAUGUCUGUCCUUUGUUUCGGGUGAACUUGUUAAAACAAAAUUUAUAAAUUCACAUUGAAGAAUCACCCAGUUAACUAAUUGAAAAGCAUCGAUGUUCCAGUGUUUGUCUCAAUGUCUCGAUGUCUCAAUGUCUCGAUGUCUCAAUGUCUCGAUGUCUCACUGUCUCAAUGUCUCGAUGUCUCAAUGUCUCGAUGUCUCGAUGUCUCGAUGUCUCAAUGUCCCGAUGUCUCGAUGUCUCAAUGUCUCAAUGUCUCAAUGUCCCGAUGUUUCUCCCAUCUCAGGAAUGGAAUGCGGUGAACACAGCGCUGAGUGCUCGCAUCCAGGAGACCACCGAUGCCAGGAACAAGAUCCAACUCCACUUGAAUAGAUCAUUACAAGAGAUCUACGACAUGGAGAAGAACAUUGAGCUGCUCAAGAAGUCGAUACAGGAUAAAGAGGCGCCCAUGCAGGUAAUGGGCCAGCACCCCGUCUUAUUAGUUACAGUAGACUGAUACAGGACUAAGGGGUGGCCAAGCUGGUAAUGGGCCAGCACCAGGGCCGUCUUAACAACACAGGAGGCCCUGGGCACAGCAAUGCAAUGGGGCCCCCUAGCAACACAACAAACCUGGGCCGUGAGAAGGGGCGCACUCGCCCCAUGCUCAUGCUCAAAUAGUGUUUGGGGGGGGGGGCAAACAGUUCCUGCUCCCCACCAAGAGGAAUAAAAAUGUGAAAUAAAAAUAAAUAUUCAAUAAAGCUAACUUCGAUGAAUUCCAUUUGUUGAUACAAAAAACAUCAUUCAAAAUCAAUAAUAGUUUUAAAACAUUAUCAGAAAUAAAAUAUAAAUAAUCACAUGGGAUGAUAAAUUAUCAUUAUUGACAGAUAGAUAUAAUUAAUUAUUUAAUAUAAAUCAACACAAUCGUUUGCGUAAUUUUUUGCAGAGAAUUGUUUUAUAGUCAAUGGUCUUAAGGAUGUCAUUUCCCAUGUACUUCAGCGAAAGCCAGUCCCAUUGUACUGAGACGCUGAUUCUUACUUUAUUCUUUUUUAUUCAUAUCUCGGAAAAGUAAAACGUGUUGAAGAGAGCUAUUCCCCUUUAAAAUCUUUAAAAUUGUCCAACUUUGAUUUCGCAUUUACAAUCUUAAUUUUGGAAUGUGCUGUUAAAAUUGGGAAAUUAAUCCAAUUAAAUUGUCAAAAUCUGUCAAUAUUCAUUAAAAAAUAUGAAAACCAUGAUGCCUCUAUAAGAGUGAGUCUCCUAGAAACGGGGGCCCCCCUACAAGCGCGGGGUCCUGGGCCCAUGUCUUAAGACGGCACUGGCCAGCAGACCCUCUUAAUAGUUAGAGUAGACUUUAAUGAGAUAAAGGCAUAUGAACUGCUGACGUUGACAUACAAGUCCGUGAAUUAAAUCAGUACACCCGUUUUUGUUUUAACUCAAGUCGACAACCUAGUUGACUAGUAGACUUUUUGGUUCGACAACCUAGUUGACUAGCAGACUUUUUGGUUCGACAACUUAGUUGACUAGCAUACUUUUUGGUUCGACAACCUACUUGACUAGCAGACUUUUUGGUUCGACAACCUAGUUGACUAGCAGACUUUUUGGUUCGACAACCUAGUUGACUAGCAGACUUUUUGGUUCGACAACCUAGUUGACUAGCAGACUUUUUGAUACAGCAGGUUUGUUUUAGGCCAGAAUAUAUUCGAAUCUUGUUUUUUAUUUUUAGGCAACAAGAAAUGCAACGCCGGCCUUAGGUAAACUUUCGCCCUGUGUGAAGCACCCGUUCGGCGCCCCCUUCCUUGUCCAACCCCAGUGUUAAUAUCCAAAUUAAGAAUGCAACGUUCAUUGUAUGAAAACUCAUUCUAUGAAAAGCGAUUGUACGAAAAGUUGGUACACCGUUUCUCGACCCCGGACCCGAGGUUCACACUUCACUAUAAUAAACUAAGGCAGUUUAAAUAUUUACUGGGCACCCUAUGCGAGGGCAUGGGUUGUACACCCUAAAGGGCGGCGUAGAGAAAUGUUUCAUUGACGUCAUUGUCUUAGCCAUAUUUGGAAACAUUCUGUACGUUAUUUUGCCUUUAUUGUGUUUUAAGCAUAACUGGGAGAAAUUAAACUCGUUUUUCUUGCAAAAUAAUUCUCGAUGUAUCCUCUCUCCCCAGGUGGCCCAAACCAGGCUUGACACGCGUCUGCGGCGCCCCAACGUGGAGCUGUGUCGCGACGCCGCCCACAACAGGCUCGUGGAGGAAGUGGGCGAGAUCACGGACACGGUGGAUCACUUGCAGCACAAGCUCAGGGAGGCGGAGAACGCCCUGCAGGCGCUGCUGAGGACCAAAGGGGCGCUGGAGCAGGACCUGUCCAUCAAGAACACCACCCUGUUCAUCGACAGAGAGAAGUGCAUGGCGAUGAGGAAGACGUUCCCCAUGGCGCCGCGUCUGGUGGCCGUCGGGUAAACGAAAGACGGAUGUAACCGAUUCCAAACAUUCAAUAUUUUGUUUAGUCCGUUUAGAGCAGAAGAACAGCCAUAAAAUGCUCAGUGUCAGGCCAUCCCGUUAUUU